AUGUACAGAAUUUCAAGAAAUUAAUGCAAAUAUGUUAAAUAAAAUAAUUAAUUUGUGAUGCAAAAGACAAUGUAUGAAAUAAUAUUGAUAAUAGUAAUCCAAUUGUAAAAUGGGCUUAAAGAAAAGACAAUAUCUUCUUGACAGUUGAAGUUAGAGACUUGAAAGAAGAAAAAGUUGAACUAACAACAACAUCAUUGAAAUUUAGCGCAAGUGCUGAAGGUGUAAAUUAUGCAUUUGAAAUCAAUUUGUUUGCAGAAGUCAUCGUUGAAGUAAUAGAUAACUUUAAUUUAAGGAUAGCAAAUGGACAAAUUAUGGUGUUAAUGUAAGAUUCAUUUUAAGAAAAAAAGAUUAAGCAGCAACAUAUUGGACAAGAUUGAUAAAAGAAACUCAUAAAUUAUAAUAUUUAUAAGUAUGUAUAGUAUUAUAAUCUAUAGGUUGAUUGGACUAAAUAUAUUGAUGAAGAUGAUGAAAAUGAAGAAGGAGGAAAAGGAUUAGAUGAUUGGAAUGCCAAUAAUUUCUAAGGAUUUGAUGGUCAAGGUUAACCAGAUGAAGAUGAUGAAGAUUAAGAAGAAAAUGAAUAAGAAGAAAAAGAUGAAUAAUAAACAUCAUAAGAAUAAUAAUAAACAUAAGAAUAAUAAUAAAAGGAAUAAGAAUAAGAAUAGAAUUAAUGAG